AUGGCGGCUCCGGGAGAUGUUAGGGUUGCUGGGAAUCCUAAUCAGAAUGUUGAAUCAAAGGAAAUCAUUGCAGAUGCUCUUAAGUUUAUCAAACUUAAAGGAGGAAGCAUAAUGUUCUGGAUGACUGACCAAGAGAUAAAAGAUGUAGUGUUCAGUAUUGGUGACCUCAAAUCCCCAAGUUCUGAUGGCUUCUCUGCUUGUUUCUUCAAGAAGGCAUGGGAUAUUAUUGGGAAUGAGUUCGCUUUGGCUAUUAAAGAGUUCUUUGAAUCUGGAAGAAUUAAGCCAUGCCUUGAGGAUAUUGUAAGUCUUGCACAGUCAGAUUUUGUCCAGCAGAGGAGUAUGAUUGAGAAUAUCUACUUAGUACAGGAAAUAGUGAGGAAAUAUGCAAGAAAUAGAGUUUCACCUAGAUGCUUGUUAAAGAUUGACCUCAAGAAAGCAUAUGAUUCUAUGUCAUGGAAAUUCAUAAAAGAGAUGAUGAAGCAACUAAAAUUUCUUGGGACUAUGGUAAAGAGGGUAAUGCAAUGUGUGUCCACCCUUACUUUCUCCUUAUCUAUUAAUGGACGCUACCAUGGUUUCUUUGAGGGGAGGAAAGGCUUAAGGCAAUGA